AUGGCUCCAACACUGUUUGACUUUGAUGCUAAACCAGGCGACCUGAUCGAGAUCUUCCGUGGGACAUAUGAGCACUGGGCUAUCUAUAUCGGUGGAAAUGAAGUUAUUCAUUUGAUUCCUUCAACUGAUGAUUCAGGCCAUUUUAGUGGCCUGUUGAUGUUCGUGGACACCGACAGAGCACAGGUGAAGCGUCAGAAGAUCUGGGAAGUGGUCGGCCACCAUCGUUUCGAAAUCAACAAUUUCCUGGAUCACAAGUACGAGCCUCACGAGCGUCGAAUAAUCGUAAGAGACGCCUGUAGCAUGGUGGGUCAGGAGCUGCAGUACUCUCUUGCCACUCACAACUGUGAGCACUUUGUCACAGAGCUACGAUACGGCAAACCGGAGUCCAGACAGGUUACCAGAGCAGCUGUGAUUGGAGGUGCAGCUGUAGUAGGUGUAGGCAUUCUCGCUGUGGGUGCCGCUCUGCUUGCCACCUUCUUUAAGGAUGACAAAGAAGAAACAAGACCUCAUAGAAGACAUCAAUGA